AUGCAACACGCAAGAACUUUGCUAAAGUCACUAUACUCUACAUCGCGUAUUAUAUUACAGCAGACGCCAACCACAUAUACUGCGCCCACCAGGACUUAUGGUAAUAAUAUCGGAAAUUCAUCAAUGCGCUGUGGUUCACCAAGCCACUUAAAGAAUAUCGGAUUUCCGCUUCCAAAUCCUUCAGCUAUUGUUUGCGCGUCACUGCCGAAACCUCCAUCCGGUGGCAGCGGGUCACCACCAAAACCCCCCGCAGGUGGCUGUGGAUCACCACCUAAACCUCCCUCGGGUGGCUGUGGAUCUCCACCAAAACCUCCAUCCGGCGGUUGCGGCUCACCACCUAAACCCCCCGCAGGUGGCUGUGGAUCACCACCGAAACCCCCCGCAAGUGGCUGUGGAUCACCACCGAAACCUCCAUCCGGCGGUUGCGGGUCGCCAUCAAAACCCCCCGCAAGUGGCUGUGGAUCACCACCGAAACCUCCAUCCGGUGGUUGCGGGUCACCACCUAAACCUCCCUCAGGUGGCUGUGGAUCGCCACCAAAACCUCCGACUGGUGGUUGUGGAUCGUCACCGAAACCUCCGUCUGGUGGUUGCGGGUCACCACCGAAAUCUCCGUCUGGUUGUUGUGCGCCACCACCGAAAACCUCGUUUCAUGGUUGCGAGUCACCACCGAAACCCUCAUUUAAUUAUUGUGUGAUACCAAAACCCCCCGCAGGUGGCUGUGGAUCACCACCGAAACCUCCAUCCAGCGGUUGCGGGUCACCACCUAAACCUCCCUCGGGCGGUUGCGGGUCGCCACCAAAACCCCCCGCAAGUGGCUGUGGAUCACCACCGAAACCUUCAUCCGGCAGUUGCGGGUCACCAUCUAAACCUCCCUCAGGUGGCUGUGGAUCGCCACCGAAACCUCCGUCUGGUGGUUGUGGGUCACCACCGAAACCCCCGUCUAGUGGCUGUGGGUCACCACCAAAGCCUUCGUCUGGCGGAUGUGAAUCGCCACCGAAACCUCCGUCCACUGGAUGUGAUAAACAAACAAAAUCUCCGUCAGAUAGCAAGUCCCUAGCAAAUAAACUAUUUCCAUGGUCUAAAAAAUAA